AUGGAUCCAUUUAUCCCAGCCCAUCAUCUUAUGACGCUUAUUAUUUUCUCCGUUUUCACGAAUCGAGGAAUACUGCAGCACUCGCAUCUACGAGUCCAAAACAUAUCGCCUUUGGAAUUCGCAAACCAAUCUGUCCUGGGAGAUUUUGCUUCAACCCAAGUCAAGCUUGCUGUAGCUAAGAUUCUUUUGGCUUACGAUGUCAUGAUAGUUCAAGAGACACCUUCAAUGAUAGAGUUGGGGUCUGAAAUGCUAGGUGAUCUAACUGCAGAGCUGGAGGUCAGAAAACGAAAAGAUUGA